AUGGAGGCUUCCAGCGGGAUAGAAGCCAAGGCGUCAGCUUCAACUUCAGCUUCAGCUCAACAUGAUCCAUCUUAUCCACCCAGUUUAUUAGGAAAUGCCUCUCCUUUGGCAAAACUGAUUUUUUCUUGGCCCUUUUCCUUGCUCAAGAUUGGUUUGGAACGACCGCUGACAGAGCUCGACCUGCCAGAGAUUCUGGACGUGGAUACUUCCAAGCAUCAACGUAACUAUUUUGAAGACCUAUGGGAAAGAGAAAAAGAAAGGAGUCCAGAAAAACCAAACUUGCAUCGAGCCUUGACCAUUGAUUACUUCAAGUCUACCUGGAAAGUACAACCCUUGCUCUUUCUCGGAAACACCGCGACUAUUAUACAAGCAGUAGCGUUGGGAAAUUUGAUUGAUUCCUUUGAGACGGGCAAUGAUGAGGGCUACUUUUGGGCUGGAAUGCUGGUGGUAUGCGGACUGGUUGUUCUGUUUGAGCAUCAUCAUGUCUUUUUCAUGACUUGGCGCAAGGGGAUGCAAAUGCGAAUCUCUUGCGUGGGUUCCAUCUACACGAAAUCACUGAAACUAUCCUCAACGCAUCAAGAGACUAAUGCAAACACUGGCAGAAUCAUGAACUUGGCCAGUAAUGACGUGGAUCGAUUUCUUCUGGCCGCACUCUUUAUCAAUUACAUCUUUUGGUCUCCAGUGCAGUCCAUAGCCAUCUUGUUGGUUGGAUUGUGGAUAUUGGGACCAGCUUUUGCAGCUGGAUUUGCUCUACUAUUCCUGGUUUUUGUGCCCUUUCAAUUCUAUCUGAGCAACAAGUUUGCUUUCUUCCGAUCCAAGAUUGCGGCCAUUACGGAUCGACGAGUGACCUUUGUCUCUCAAGCAGUACAUGGCGCUCGCAUCAUGAAGAUGAGUGGCUUUGAAUGGCGAUUCCUCGACCGCAUUCAAAGUAUCCGCAAGGAGGAAGUAGAUCAAAUUCAAAAUGCAAACCGGCUGAAGGCUGCAAAUGAAGCAUUGUUCUUUGUUACUAAUGUGGUCAUUUCCUUGAUCAUAUUUCUAGUACAUGUAUUGUGGGUCGGAGGAACCUUGUACCCGCGAGAUAUUUUCACUGUCUUGACCUUGGUUAAUAUUCUGCAGCUUCAAAUGAUCAAACACGUUUCGCUCGGAAUUAUGGGAGUGAGCGAGGCAUAUGUGUCCAUUGGUCGGAUUCAAAAUUUUCUCGAGUCACCGGAACAACAUUUUACGGAAAGCACUGAUGACUCAUUGGCAGACAAUGUUGCCAUUUCGAUGGACGAGGUAUGCUGUCAAUGGAAUCAUGUCAGAGACGUAACGACCAAGAAGGUUACCGAUGGUGACGAUGAUGAGACCUCCACUGCAUCACUUGCGUCGGCGCUGACGGAUAUCUCGAUUGAUUUCGAAAAGGGGCAUUUGACUUGCAUCAUUGGAACAGUGGGAAGUGGAAAGAGCGCCUUGCUGCAGGCAAUUGUUGGGGAACUCCCAGUGUUCACUGGAAAGGUUCAACGCUCCUAUGGCAAAUUAGCAUAUGCGGCACAGGAUCCAUGGAUUAUGGAUGGGACAGUCAAAGAGAAUAUCACAAUGGGAAGUCCGUUACGCCAGGAAUGGUAUGAUGAAGUGAUUGACGCAUGUGGGUUACGACUAGAUUUUUCACAGUUUGCCAAUGGAGACGAGACUAUUGUAGGAGACAGAGGUGUCCAGUGCUCCGGGGGACAACGAGCCCGCAUCGGACUGGCACGAGCAUUAUAUCGGGAUGCCGACGUUCUGGUUGCGGAUGAUCCCCUUUCGGCGGUGGACGCCAAGGUGGGGCGGCAGCUCUUUAAUGAAGCCCUUCUGGAACUGGGUGUCAAGAGGGGCAAAUGUGUCAUUCUAACCACUCACCAGCAUCAAUAUGUUCACGAGCAACGUUGCGUUCUAGUGACAAAUGGAAAGAUUGGCAAGAUUGGAUCCUAUGCCGAGUGCGUUGCCGCAGCAAAUGGAAAGUUGACCGCUCACUCUGCGGAUGAUGCCGUUGACACACUCUCCGCCGAUCCAAAGACCGCGUCUUCCACAGUCGAAGCAAAGGACGAACUUUUUGAGAUCGCGCCUUCGACGAAUGGAAAAGUAAACGAUAACAAGGAAGAUAGCAACACGGGAGAGGUCAAGUUGGACACAUUUUUGAACUACUUCCGUGCCAUGGGUGGACUCGGGAUCGGCUUUGGCUUAUUCUUGCUUUUCACGGUUACGCAGGCAGCGGUGUUGGUUGCGGUGGCCAUGAUGGGUAGAUGGGCAGAACGGCAGCCCGAAGAUCAGAAAUCCUGGGAUAUAUUGGCGAUUGUGAUCGCGAUGGGCGUGGCUGUGAUUCUGCUGGCGUCAGUUCGUGCUGCUGUGAGUUUCUACUAUACUAUUAAGGCAUCUCGCACUUUGCACGAUGGAAUGACGAAAGCCGUCUUGCGAGCUCCAAUUUCUUUCUUUGACACGAAUCCCCUUGGGAGAGUCCUCAAUCGCUUCUCAGCGGAUGUUGGAUCCAAUGAUGAUAUGCUUCCACAAACCUUGUUCGAUUUCACUGUCAUCUUUUAUAUUGUGAUCGGAACGCUUGUGACAACUGUGACUGUGUUGCCAUUUGCCCUUCUUGCAAUGCCACCGCUACUAUACUACUUUUUGUCAGUGCGAAACGUAUUUGUCACGAGCACCCGUGAACUGAAGCGUCUUGAAGGCCUCGCAAGGUCACCAAUGUUUGCAAUGCUAAGCGAGUCUCUCAGUGGAGUCGCGACAAUACGGGCCAACGAUUCUCCCGCGUUCUUUGUGAAAAAGUUCGAAAAUGCACAUGAUGCACACACAAGAUCAUUUUUCUCUUUUAUUGCUGCAUCACGCUGGGUCGGCUUUCGAAUGGACUGCAUCAUGUUUGUUCUGAUGGGUGUGGUCAGCUUCUUAGCUGUCCUUUUUCAGCGACAAGACUGGUUCAAAAUUGAUCCAGCAAUCUUGGGCCUAUCCAUAUCUAUGCUCUUACAACUCGCGGGAAUGUUCCAGUGGUGCAUCCGACAGAGCGCAGAGGUAGUGAACUUGAUGGUUUCUGUGGAACGUGUCCUUGCAUUCAAAAAUUUGCAAUCCGAAGCACCUCUUGCCUUAGAUAGUGACAAGGACUUGGACACAGCAUGGCCGCAAGAUGGAAAGAUCGAAGUCAAGGAUGUAGGAAUUAGGUAUCGGAAUGGAUUGCCUCUUGCUUUGAACGGCGCUUCGUUCUCCAUCCCUGCUGGGGCUCGAAUUGGUAUAGUUGGACGAACGGGAAGUGGAAAGAGUACAGUCGUCCAAACACUGUUUCGGUUGCUGGAAACUGAAAAUGGAAAGAUCACUAUAGACGGAACUGAUAUUUCCAAAAUUGGGCUCCAUCGCCUUCGCACGAAAAUAUCUGUGAUUCCACAGAUGCCAACUCUCUUCAGUGGAUGUACUAUUCGAGAAAACUUGGACCUUUUCGGCAUGCAUGACGAGAAGGCAAUCGUGAAAGCUCUCAAGGAUGCUCACUUGAGUGAGGUUAUCGAAGAGCUACCUGAAGGACACAAUACCCUUGUCGCUGAAGGAGGAUCAAAUUUCUCGGUUGGGCAACGGCAAUUGCUAUGUUUAGCACGAGCAAUCCUUAGCAAGAAUAAGAUCCUUGUUUUGGAUGAGGCAACUGCAUCAGUUGAUCGGCGCACGGAUCAGCUGCUCCAUGAAUCGUUGCAUGAAUCCUUUGAGGAUUCCACGAUUAUUGCUGUUGCCCAUAGACUCGAUACCAUAAUCGAUCAUGACUACAUCUUGGUCCUUGGUCUUGGCAAGGUUCUUGAGUUCGGGCCACCAGCUGAACUGAUUCGCUCUGGUGGAACAUUUUGCCAGAUGGUCGACGAAACUGGUGAGAUAAUGUCAGUCAACCUGAAACAACGCGCUUUCGCUAAAGAGAGCGAGGUUGCACAUGGCUAA